AUGCCGUCUGGAAAUCGUAUUGUCAUGCCCGUGUCGAUUUUAGACACUGAUUUAUACAAGUUUACAAUGCAACAAGCCGUAAUGUGCCAUUUCUUGGAUGUGCAGGCAACAUAUCGCUUUACCCAUCGCGCUAAAGACGUAUAUUUCUCUCACGAAUGCAUAGAGGCUUUCAAGGAAUCUAUCUCUCAUUUCUCUGAGCUUAGCUUGACUGAAUCCGAGCGCGAAUGGAUGGAAAAGAACUGCCCCUAUUUCAAAUCCGACUAUCUGCAAUACCUGUCUACCUAUCGAUUCAAACCUGACCAAGUCCGUGUGCGCUUCUUACCCGUCUCGCAAGACGGUAACUGGGGACAUGUUGAGGUGGAGAUUGCUGGUCCCUGGAUCGAGGCGAUUCUCUGGGAGGUGCCUCUCAUGGCCUGUUUGAGUGAACUCUACUUUCAACUGGUUGAUACAGACUGGAGUUAUGAUGGCCAAGAAGCCGCUGCAUUCCGCAAAGGGGAGCAACUGUUGUCGGCUGGUUGUGUAUUCAGCGAGUUUGGUACUCGCAGGCGACGUUCAUUCUUCGUUCAGGAUCUUGUCGUACGGACACUCGUUCGUGCUUCAACCGAGGUUCAGGGUAGUGGAAAGGUUCUCGGAACGAGCAAUGUCCACUUGGCGAGACAAUACAACGUGCCUCCCAUCGGUACUAUUGCACAUGAAUGGUUUAUGGCUGUCGGCGCUUUGAAGGGCUAUGAACAUGCAAACGCGCUAUCAUUGUCUUUAUGGGAAGUCGUAUAUCCGGAUGCGCUCCAGCUUGCUUUGACCGAUACAUUUUCCACUGAGGUUUUCUUUCGGGACUUCAUCCAAAACCCGGAUAUGGCCAGGAGAUGGAAGGGACUUCGGCAAGAUUCGGGAGACCCCUUUGUCUAUGCUCCACAUGCAAAGGAGAUAUAUGAAGCACUUGGAGUUGACCAUCAUGAGAAGAUUAUCAUAUUUUCUGAUGCACUUGAUGUUGGUAAAGCCAUUGCCCUUAAGAAGCAAUGUGAUGAGAUUGGAUUUAUAUCAUCAUUUGGGAUUGGCACCUCCUUGACAAAUGACUUUAGGAAGCUGUCUUGUAGAGAAGUAUCUAGCAAGGCAUUGAAUAUGGUUAUAAAGCUAGCUGAGGUUGACGGAGCUUCAUGUGUAAAGAUCAGUGAUGAAAUGACCAAGAACACUGGUGAUCCUGUAGUUGUUCAGCUUGUGAAAAAUAUCUACAACUUACAGCCAUAG